AGAAUCCAUUUUGUUUACGCAUACGUUAGAGUUAUCCUCUUAGCAUCCAAUACACACAUAUAUAUCUAUACAGUAAGAAAAAAACCGAACUCGGUUCUUCUGCCUCUUUCCUACUCUUCUCUCUUCACCCCUCUUCUAUUCCUCUCAGCACCAUGAGCAACGCCUUCAAGGUUCCGGAGAAGCGUGAGGAGCUCGUCUACACGGCCAAGAUUGCCGAGCAGUGCGAGCGCCACGACGAAAUUCUCUUCUGCAUGAAGCGUGUGGUGAAGAUGAAUCCUAAGCUGUCGAGCGAGGAGCGCAACUUGCUCUCCGCCGCCUACAAGUACAUCAUCAGCGCCCGCCGUGCGUGCUGGCGCAGCAUGAGCUCCAUGGCGCACAAGGAGGACAGCCACAAGGGCAAGACGGCCAGCCUCUUCAACGCCUUCCAGCAGCAGGUGGAGAAGGAGCUGGCGGAGAUCUGCUCUGACAUACUCGAGCUGCUCGACAAGUACCUCAUCCCGGCCGCGGACAACGACGAGAGCAAGGUAUACUACUACAAGCUGAAGGGCGACUACCACCGCUACUUCGCCGAGGUCGAGACCGGGUCGGAGACGCAGAAGAAUCUGGCGCUGGAGGCGUACAAGAAGGCCUCGGAGUUCACCGCAUCGCUGAAGCCGACCUCGCCGAUUCGUCUCGGCCUGGCGCUGAACUUCUCCGUCUUUUACUACGAGAUCCUGCGCAGCCCGGACAAGGGUUGCCAGCUGGCCCGCCAGGCCUUCGAGGAGGCCCUCAGCGACCCGGAGGUGUUGGACGAGGAGCAGCACAAGGAGUCCGCCCUCAUUAUGCAACUUCUCCGCGACAACCUCGCGCUGUGGACGGAAGACUCUCGCCCGGAAGGCCAGGACGAUGGCACCGCCAUGGAGGAGCUCGAGUAA